AUACUCAACGGCGGAAGUGGCCAUUGCAUGCUCAGUCAUUUUCACGCCUUUUGUUUAAUCCUCACCAGAGUCCGGACAUGGAAGACAGCAGCGGGUUCCGUCCCUCAGCCGGGAACUUGGAUGAUCCUCCCAACAGCCGCGUGUUCCUGGUGGUGAGCAAGACGGUGACCGAGGACACGAUCCGGGACAGGUUCUCUGAAUUCGGCGACAUCCAGGACAUCUGGGUGGUGAAGGAUAAACAGACCAAGGAGUCCAAGGGCAUCGCCUUCGUCAAAUACGCCAAGUCCUCCCAGGCCUGCCGGGCUAUGGAGGAGAUGCACGGCCGGUGCCUCAAUGAGAGCACUAAGCCCAUCAAGGUGUUUAUUGCUCAAUCACGAGGUUCUUCAAAUCAUCAGGAUGUGGAAGACGAAGAGCUAACUAGGAUCUUUGUAAUGAUCCCUAAAUCAUACACAGAAGAUGAUGUUAAAGAGAAAUUCAGGCCUUACGGACAGAUUGAGUAUUGCUCAAUUAUUAAAAACAAAACUACAGGAGAAAGUAAAGGAUUGGGAUAUGUAAGGUUCCUCAAACCCUCCCAAGCUGCCAUUGCAAUAGAAAAUUGCGACCGAAGUUAUAAAGCAAUCCUGGCUGAGCCUAAAAACAAGGGAUCAUCUGCAGAACCGGCAGAGUACCAUGCCACUCCAAGGCAGCCAGAGCCAUUAAUUCAUGACCACGCUUCUUCAUUGUAUUAUGAACAAUACGAUUACUCCGCCUAUGAGAAGAUUGCAGACCCGCGAACUCAGGAAGUGGUGUCAAAGCGUCUGACUGUUGUUUCCAGAGUUCCUUUGGUUCAAGAGCAGGUCUACGGUUUAUUUGAUCUUAUUCCAGGACUUGAAUUUUGUGAGGUUCAGCGAGAUCUGUACUCUAGCUUUGGUCAUGUUGUGGUUCAGUAUCAAAAUGUUUCAUCUGCCAUAUAUGCUAAAUACAAGCUGCAUGGUUUUGAAUACCCACCUGGAAAUCGACUUGGUGUCACUUACUUAAGUGAUGGUUCAGAUAACACAGACUUGCUUAGAAAAAUGGCCUCACAAAUGGUAGCUGCUCAGGUAAAGUCUCUGGUGUGGAAUUCCCAAGUUACACCACAAUAUCCUGCAGCAUCACAGGCAUUUGAGCGGGCAUAUGCAUCCCCUGUCGCAUCUCAGCUCCAGACAGAUGCUUCCCUUCCACCCCUCAAAAAGAAAGCUCCAGGUGAUGCACAAACUAAGGAAAGACUUUUUGUAGUAUUCAACCCUCACCCACUGAGCUUGGAUAUUAUGGAAGAUGUGUUCUGUCGGUUUGGAAAUCUUAUCGAGGUGUACAUUGUGCCGGGUAAAAAUGUUGGCUACGUUAAAUACGCUGAUGUAUCCAGCGCAAAUGAAGCUAUUAUUUCCUUACAUGGAAAAAUGGUAAAUUACGUGAAGCUGAAAGUGAUGCAGGCUGAGUCUCCUCGAGACGAGUCCAAUAAGAGACAGAGAACUUACUGACUUAAUUCUAUUCCGAACAGAGACUAAGUUAUGACAUGACCCUCAGCUGACUGACUGAAACGUGACUGGAGACAGCUUAUAUGUAAUUUAGUUUAAAAAAAAAAA